UGUAAAGCGUUAAACUGUCAGUUUUGAAGUGUCAAAAAUAUAGCGGCGACGGUUAAUUAAAUUUCGUAAAAUAAUAUAAUAAUUUUAUUUAAAUAUGGAGUUUAGUAGCACUGGUGGAAUGAGAAGUCCUUUCUCUCCUCGUGUAAGACAAUCUAUUGCAGGAAGAAGACCAAUAGGACUAGCAUCGUCUAAAAAGAUCCAAAACAAUUUUAUGCAAUCAGUCGAUCAGCCAGCCGGUGAUGUCAUUUACAAAACACCUCUCAUUACUAUUGAAACUUUUGGCAUGCCUUUACCUGUUAUGGUGACAGAAACACUCACAUUUGCAAGUGGAGAUGUCAGUGUUCGCAUGGCCCCUUGUGGCUGGUGCUGGGUGGUUGCUGGACGCAAAGUGCUAGCCUGGCCGAGGGAAGCAGCGGCCGCACCUUCAGCUCCAACAGCUGCCAGAGAGUUAACAUUGCCCCAAACAGAUUUAGCACACAAGGCUGACUUAGUUAUGCUGUUCUAUGAGGAAGAUGCACAGAUGCCUUCAUGCAUUGGUGUCUCCCCUGAAGGUGUAGUGAGAUACUGGGCAUCAGUAGGUACAGAAGGUGCAUACUCUGAUGUUUCAUGUGAGUUAGCUGGACAGGAGUGCGACCGCCUCACCGAAGCUAAAGAUGGACUACUAUUGGCUACCACAACUUGCACACUGGUUAAGAUAACUACUUGCAAAGAGGGUCGUCCAGGAGUAGUGUGUCAAACAAUGCGUCCGCCCAGUGGCUGGCUGGGUGGUAUUGGGCGGCGGGUUUCGCUGCUAUUCUUCGGUUCCAUGCCUGCACAUGCUGAUACGAAACUAGUGGGCGUGGUGGUGUUGCCGGGCUGGGAGAGUGCGGAGGGCACGGAGAACUCGGAGUGCGUGGUGCUGGUGGCGGGCGGGCCGCUGCUGCAGCUGUGGUGCGGCGCCGAGGUGCACGAGCACCACCUGCGCCGCCCGCUGUCGGAGGCCUUCGCCAGAGCGCAUCUCGCUCCGCAGGGCGACCUGAACAGCUUGGAGAUCAUGGCGCUGGACGUGCACGCGCACGGGCGCGGCGUGCUGCUGCUGCUGGCCGCCGCCAACGUGGCGCGCUCGCCCGACGUGCGCUACGCGCUGGCGCACGUGUCGCUGGAGGGCGCGGGCGCGCGCGUGGUGUCGCUGUGCGCGCUGCGCGUGCCGCGCGACGACGAGGCGCCGCGCUGUCUGCCGCUGCCGGCGCGCCCGCUGCUCUACGCGCCCGCCUACGUCGCCGCCGUCUCGCCGUCGGCGAGCGACAAGAGCGAGUACGUGGACCUGGCGAGCGAGGGCGACCGCGUGCUGGGCGCGGCGCUGUGCGGCGGCGCGCCGCUGCUGUUCAGCCGCAAGCACGGCGUGCUGCUGCUGCGCCUGGCCGACCCCGCGCUGCCGCACCGCCCGCCGUCGAUAUGCGACAGCCCGAUGGGAUCUCCGUGCCCCUCCGACAUGUACGAGGGCAACCUUUCGCUGUACGAGAUCGACCCCCACGAGGUGAGCGCGAUGAGCACGGACGCGGUGGGCAAGCUGAAGAGCGCGUUCCUGUUCCACGUGCGCGGCGACGCGGCGGCGGCGGCGCGCGCGCUGGCCGAGCUGUUCCCGCGCGAGCACGGCGACGCGCUGGACCGCACGGCGCUGGCGCUGGCCGCCGACAUGCUGGACGACGCGCCCGCCGGCGACCCCAGGUGGAAGCUGCGCGGCGCGUCGCGCGUGUCGCUGGGCAGCUCGUGCGCGCUGCACGGCGCGGCGCAGCUGCGGGACAAGCAGCGCGCCUUCUCGCUGUUCCUGGAUUUCCUGCGCGCGCACAGGCUGUGGCGCAGGCUCAGCACGCUCACCAAAGGGCGGUCGGACACGCGCGUGAGCACGCAGUGGGAGCUGUGCGCGCUGGCGGCGCGGCUGGCGGGCGCGCGCGCGCUGCAGCGCCUGCACCGCGCCGGCGCGCCGCUGCUGGACGCCGCGCUGCACCAGGUGACCGCAAACGCCGACAACGAAGGGGGCGAGGGCGGCGAGGGAGAGGAGGGUGAGGAGGCGGAGGUGCUGGAGGCGCUGCGGAGCGGCGCGCUGUCGCCGGCGGACGUGGUCUUCCGCCGCGUGACGCGCAUCGAGCGCGUGCUGCGCGCGCUGAGUGCGCUGGCGCCGCCCGCGCACGACGCGCGCGCCGCCGCGCACCACGCGCUCAGCGUCGUCAGCACGCUCACGACGGUGCUGGGCGAGAUGCACGCGUGUCGCGCUCAGUGGAUGUCUACCGCCCCGCGCCCCGCCCCGCCGCUGGGCCCGCGCUCCACGCUCUCCGCGCUCGCCCUCGCGCACUCUCGCGCCGUUUCACAAUGCGCACACAAGUGUCCGGACGCGUCCCUGCGCGCGCAGCUGCUGGAGGCGGCGGGCGCGCUGGCCGACCUGCUGCUGACGGAGGCGGCUCCGCUCGCGCACUCGUCCAACACGGACCAUCUCUACGAGAAGCUCCGCCGCGACACCAUACAGCCCUACAUCGACGAGGGCCAGACAGAACGCGCCGCCGUGUUGGCGGAGAAAUUUAAAGACUUUGACCUGCUGGUGGAACUGUGUGUGAUGCGCGGAGAUAUGGACCGGCUAUACGGAUACAUCGACAAGUACAAGGAGGAGGGAAUAGCGGAGAAGGCGUUCGCGUGGCUGUGGUCGCGCGACGGCGCGGCGCGGGCGCAGCUGCUGCGCGGCGUGUGCGCGCGGCACGGCGGGCGCGCCGACGCGUGGCUGGCGGCGGCGCCGGCGCGCGCGCAGCUGCGGGCGCUGCGCCGCCUGUGCGCCGAGCCGCCCGCGCGCGCCGCGCCGCUCUACGCCGACCUGGCGCCCGGCGCGCCCACGCUGGACCGCGCCGUGACAUUCGCUUCGAUAGCGAAACUGUGCCUGCUUGCGAGCGAGCCGGACGCACAAUACAGUGAGACGAUGCGCCGAGCAGAAAGCACGCUAUCGCUGGCGGAGCAGCAAAGAACACUACCGCGAGUGUUGUGCUUGCACCACGGACUCGACGAAAACAGCAGGCUGCUCGACCCCGAGGAACUUUUGCAGAUAUAUAUAGAUUCGGAAAGCAAGUGUCUAAACGAAUAUGACUUUAAAAAAGCUCUGGACCUCACAGACUUCGUGCAAGAUAUGGAGCGCAGAGAUGAACUGCGGCUGAGGAUCUGGUGCGCGUGCCUGCGGCGCGACGACUGGGCCGCGGCGCGCGAGGACGCCACCGACGAGCUGCACUCCAAGAUGUUCUUCCGCCUCGUCGACCUCGUGCACGUCAUGGGUGGUGAUCUUGAACUCUUGCUGCCACCCUUAGACGACAUUCUGACGGCGCCGGAACUAGCAGAGCUCGUAUCGGACCCUCGGAUUCAGUUCAUCAUAAAGUACGGCUACGAAUGUGUCGAGGGCAUGCGCAACGGCGACGUGGUCGACGUCUCCUAGGCUAUACAUACGAGUUGUCAGCCUUUUCAAAAACACAAAUUUUUCCGUGUGUGUUUACCAAUUCAAAUUAGAAAAUACGCUACAUCCCCUCCCGUUUUCUUAAGCAAAACAGUUACACAAAUAAGAAGGCAUGUCAAUU